UAUUUUUAGACCAUGAACCAUAUCAUAUCAUGCGUCUCCCACGUGCGAGGUAUCGCUCCCGAACUCCGCCCUCCUCCGCCUCCGUCACGCGUUUGAUCUCGUCGGAGGUGCUCUAAUAUCACCGGAGAUGCGAUCGAUGGCUGGAAAGCGCUUGUGGUGGCUAGCUCGUCCCUAGCCCUCUCUUCCUCUUUCUCUCAUAGUGGCAUUCCCUCUUACACCGUCUUCUUCUCUAGCCCUAGACGCCGGAACCUUGGUGUUCCUCUUGUACCCGCCGUCGACUACCUCUUUUCUCAACCUUGUCAUCGCCUUCCGGAAGGGGAGGCACGAGGGUUUCCUUCCAGGUUGAUUUUGACAGCAACAUCUUCAAGGAGUGACAUAACUACAGCAAGGCUUAUUUUGGCCUAGGUCUGGUCAGUGUAAAAUAUCAGACAAAUAUCAGUUUUUUUUGUCUGUUUGAGGAGGAAAAGCUGUCUACAAUUCGUUGCUCAGUUUGGAUUUCAGAUGUCUGUGUGAUGGCUCGAUGUGGUCGGUUUUUCUUGAUUUCUUCAUUUGCUGUGCGACAACGAAUUUCAUUGCCUUGCAGUCUUUAUCGGAACUUAACUGAUUCACCAGAGCUCCCUGAUUGGUUUAGGCAUCCACAUGACCAGCAUAAUUAUGUGGACGCCGAUGAUUUUGUGCUCCAGACUAAGUUGGAAUUUUUGGAAGCUAGUGAUUCCAAAAGGAAAACCACCGACUCUAGGUUAGAUUAUGGAAAGGAGCCUUGCAAUAUAGACGAUAAUGAUGUUGAUAAGAUAUGUAAAGUUUUAAGGUUGAACUUCACGUCUUUUGAAGAUCUCUUCCAAGCUUUUGUUGGUUGCAAUGUAGAAAUUUCUGAGGCUUUGAUCAAUAUGAUAUUGAAGAGAUUUAGCAAUGACUGGUUUCCAGCCUUUGGCUUCUUUAGGUGGGCUGGUGCUCGAGCAAAUUUCAAACACUCUUCUAUUUCUUAUGAUAUGAUGGUUGACAUUUUAGGGAAAUCGAAACAAUUUGAUGUGAUGUGGAGUUUGAUCAAUGAGAUGGUUUGUCUUGGAGGCUUAGUGUCACUAACUACCAUGACCAAGGUGAUGAGAAGGCUUGCUGGAGCCGGUAGGUGGGGUGAUGCCAUAAAGAUUUUCAAAAGCAUUGAGAGCUUUGGUGUUAGGAAAGAUACCAUUGCUAUUAAUGCACUAUUAGAUACCUUGUGUAAGGAGAAGAGUGUUAAGCAUGCAAGAGAUGCAUUUUUGGAAUUGAGGGAUGAAGUACAACCUAAUGCUAGUAGUUUUAAUAUUUUGAUUCAUGGAUGGAGCAAAGCACGAAAAAUUGAAGAGGCUAUAAGAAUGAUUGAGGAAAUGAGAGAAUUUGGUUAUACCCCUUGUGUGAUUACAUUCACUUCUCUGAUUGAAGGCUAUUGCUUGGAAAAGAACUUUAGAAUGGCUUGUGCAAUUCUUAAUGAGAUGCGUGGGCAUGGGUGUCAACCCAAUGUUGUCACAUAUACUAUAAUAAUGCAUUCUUUGGCUAAGGCCAAAGAAAUUCAAGAAGCCUUGCUAGUAUUUGAGAUGAUGAAGGAUGAUGGUUGUGCUCCAGAUACCUCAUUCUAUAAUUCUUUGAUUUUUUUGAUGGCGAAGUCAGGGAAAUUGCGAGAUGCACAUCACAUAUUUGAGCAAAUGAGCAAAAACGACAUCUUACCAGAUGUGACCACAUUCAAUACCUUAAUUUCAGCUUCCUGUGAUUACUCUGAGGCAGAGAAUGCUCUAAAGCUAGUCUUCUCAAUGCAAGAAUUUGAUUGCAAGCCUGACAUCAAAACUUACACACCCUUAUUGAAACUUUGUUGUAAAUGGAAAUGGGUGAGAGUCCUUUUGUAUUUACUUGGGCACAUGUUUAAGAAAGAUAUUAGCCUUGACUCUAGUGCAUAUAAUCUGUUGGUGCUUGGACUUUGCCGAAAUGGCAAAAUAGAACAAUCUUGUUUAUUUUUUGAGAAAAUGGUCAUGACGGGGUUCACACCUAAACAAAGCACAUACUGUAUUCUAAUCAAGGAACUGGAAAGAAAGAAUAUGGAUAGAGUAAAGUUAAAGAUACAACAAUGCAUGCUGCAGGUUGGGACAAUGAAACUAGGUGAUUUUCAGCAAUUGUAUAAGCAUCAUAAUGAAUGAAGGCCAAGUGGUUGCUGAUGGAAGUCAUCUUUGAGUAAUCUCAUUUGUGGUUUACGAGUUUUUGUUUUUGCAGACACUAGCUAUUGUCAAGGAAGAAAACAAUUGAGAUCCCAAUUCCACAUCAAUUCAUGUAUGUUCUAUGUGGAACACCCUGAUUGUUAACUCUGUUUCAUGUUGUUGAUGAUAAGAAAUUUCCUGUUCAAUUUGGACGUGAGGGUCAUAGGACUUUUUUGUUUGAUAAUCCACGAGUCAGGGCCUUGGACUCAACUAAUCCUGGAGGUGGGUGUCCUUCCUCUUGGUUCGCCCACCGGGUAAAUCCGGAAGCACAAGCGGUUCUACGCUCAACAUCCAACUUACUAGAUUUUUCACCCCAUUGCAGGAAAAUGCCCUACAGUGUGCCGUAGUUAGGAUUCGAACCAUGGGUGUUUGAGAGUAUGUUGAAUGCUUUUACCGUUACACCAUAGGGAAUAUUUGAUUUGGUGCUUUAGAUGCUCAAAAUGUUUUGAUUACUUAGUUUGUCAUCAUAGUCGAUCGUGCACCAUAUUUGUCUUAAUUAUUUGAGAUUGAACACAAACUUUUACCUCCAUCGAGAAUUCAUGAUUAUUGAUUUAUACAAUAUUGGCUGACAAUGGUCGUCUAUGCUUAACUCAAUUCAUAGCCUUUUUUUCAUUCGGACUUGGAACUAUCAUUGACUGUCGUUUUCAUGGCUCAGUUAUUUUGCCAAAUUAUUAUAUUAUGUAUAUUUUUUCUAUCAAUUCUUCAUAAUUUACCUAGAAACUGCGAGACUAUAGUUUGUUAUUGAUGACGAUAAGAGCUGGUAAAGUGUUGCAGGUGAUGGCAGGCAUGUUAAAUAUGGCAGAUCGAGCUGAUUGGAGAAAUUGUAAGCUUAGCAAGCAAGAAGAA